GCGGUGCCUUCUGUGCGGUGGAAAUGCUGUGGCUUCACCGGUAGCGUCGGGGAGCGCAGCCUCCUACCUUUCCUCCUCGCUCGAGUGUUGGUGCUGAGAGGCGGCGGUCGGCGGGAUGGAGAGAAGUAGGAUGAACCUGCCCAAGGGGCCGGACACGCUCUGCUUCGACAAGGACGAGUUCAUGAAGGAAGAUUUCGACGUCGAUCACUUUGUGUCUGACUGUAGGAAGCGUGUCCAGCUGGAGGAACUAAGAGGAUAUCUGGAACUCUACUAUAAACUUCUUAAAAUAGCCAUGGUCGAGCUCAUCAACAAGGAUUAUGCAGAUUUUGUCAACCUUUCCACAAACUUGGUUGGCAUGAACAAAGCCCUCAAUGAACUUUCUGUGCCUUUGGGACAGUUACGAGAAGUUCUGAGUCUCAGGUCACCAGUCAGUGAAGGAAUUCGGGCAGUAGAUAAACGAAUGUGUAAACAAGAGGACAUAAGGAAGAAAAAGCGUAUAGCCCACAUUACGGCCAUGCUGCAGCAGGCCCUGGGAGGCCUGCUGCUAGAAGGGCUUCAGACUUCCAAUGUGGAUAUCAUACGGCACUGCCUCCAGACUUACGCUACAAUUGACAAGACACGGGAUGCAGAGGCGUUAGUUGGUCAAGUACUGGUGAAACCGUACAUGGAUGAGGUGAUUGUAGAGCAGAUUGUUGAGUCUCAUCCGGACGGCCUGAAGAUCAUGUAUGCUAAUAAGCUCCUGGAGUUCGUUCCUCACCACUGCCGCCUUCUUCGAGAGGUCACAGGAGGAGCCAUCUCAAGCCCUCAGCUGUCCCACCUGCCCAGAGCUCUGCAGCCUUCCUGA